GCUCUUUCUGCUCGACCACAAUGCAGUGUUGUUGAUACAGCCGCAUUCUUUCAUUCCCCCCUUCCCACUAAUUUAGGGAUUUUGGGGCAUGGAGGAGGUUGUUCCCUCCCUACAUCUCUAGGAAAACCUGUCAUAGCUCUCGCCACCUCCUACCUCCGUCUCCCAGAUGCCGACUGAAGUCUUUAAGCCUGGGAUCAUUCCAGCUCAACUUGAACGUCUUGUGUGGACUUAAUUCCGGGUGAGCGGUGGACAUGCAGCUACACAAGGUUUGGUGCCAUGUAAAUAGCUCACCCAUUAACUGAGAAGGAGGAGUUCUGCUGUGCUGACAUAAACAGACUGAGAUCCCUCUGAUUCCUGCAUUAACCUUCUGAUCAGACAUGGGGAAAGUCUACUACAUAAGUAAAAAUGUGGGCCUCGGGAUGUUUGUACUUGCGAUCUGUGGACUGGCUACAAUUAUAGCUCUUUCUGUUGCCUACGACAAGGAAAAGUCCAAGAAUCAAGGUAACGUAGGAGAUGGAGAAUCAGAUAGCACCAGUACAACUACACCCAGCACCACCCCUGACACCCCAAAGGAACCCUGGGACCACUACAGACUUCCAGAUUCCCUCAUCCCCGUCUCUUACAAUGUGACCCUGUGGCCACGACUGAAGCCCAAUGCAGAGGGCUUGUACAUCUUCACUGGACAUUCAACAGUAAUUUUUAACUGUGUGAAAGAAACAGACCUCAUCAUCAUCCACUCCAAAAAACUCAACUUUACUACCUUCUUUGGGCAUCAUGCUAAACUGAGCAGCCAGGAUGACACCCCAGUGCCCACUAUACUGAAUUCUUGGCUUGUGAAGAAAACUGAGUUUCUGGUUAUUCAGCUAGGCAGCAGAUUAUCCGCGGGAGCAUCCUAUUCACUUUACACAGAAUUUCUCGGGGAGCUGGCAGAUGACCUGGAGGGCUUUUACAGGAGUGAAUAUAUUGAGGAUGGCGUAAAGAAAGUUGUUGCUACCUCACAAAUGCAGGCAACCUAUGCCAGGAAAAGCUUUCCUUGCUUUGACGAACCAGCCAUGAAAGCAGUCUUUACUGUCACAAUCAUUCACUCACGAGACACUGUGGCUCUGUCCAAUGGCAAGGAAAAGGAAACGUCAGAGACUGUCAUUGACGGUGUGGAUGUCAAAAUUACAACAUUUGAGCCCACGCGGAAAAUGUCAACAUAUCUACUGGCAUUUAUCGUCAGCGACUUUGUUUCCAUUGAGUCAAACCAAAAUGAUUUAUUGAUUCGAAUCUGGGCUCGGAGAAAAGCAAUAGAUGAUGGGCAGGGGAACUAUGCUCUCAAUGUUACAGGACCCAUCCUGAGGUUUUAUGAGCAUUACUACAACACAUCAUACCCUCUCUCCAAGUCAGAUCAGAUCGCUUUGCCCGACUUCAAUGCUGGAGCAAUGGAGAACUGGGGUCUGGUCACAUACAGGGAAACGGCCCUGCUCUAUGACCCCAUCCUUUCCUCCACUGGAAACAAAGAGAGGGUCUCAACUGUGAUUUCCCACGAACUCGCACACAUGUGGUUUGGAAAUCUGGUAACUCUGCGAUGGUGGAAUGACUUGUGGUUAAACGAGGGGUUUGCAUCAUAUGUGGAGUACCUCGGAGUCGACUACGCCGAGCCCACCUGGAACAUUAAAGAUCACAUCAUCCUUUAUGAUGUUCAGAAGGUGUUUGCUGUGGAUGCCUUGGCCUUCUCUCACCCACUGUCACGUGGAGAAGAGGAAGUCACUGAGCCCGCUCAGAUCAGUGAAAUGUUCAGCACUAUCUCUUACAGCAAGGGUGCAGCAGUGCUAAGGAUGCUGUCAGAGUUUCUCACCGAGCCUGUGUUUGCUAGAGGACUCAGUUCUUACCUGAACACAUUCGCUUUUGGUAACACUGUAUAUACAGACCUGUGGGAUCACCUCCAACAGGCAGUUGAAAACACACCAGGAAUACAUAUCCCACACUCUGUCGAAAAAAUCAUGAACCACUGGACUCUCCAGAUGGGCUACCCAGUGGUCACUAUUGAUACCCGGACAGGAAGUAUCACACAGAAACACUUCCUGUUGGAUCCAGACUCUACAGUGGACAGACCCUCUCAGUUCAAUUACACCUGGUAUGUCCCUAUCAAAUGGAUGAAGACAGGUGUGGAGCAGCCACAAUACUGGCUCCUUCAAAAAACAGACACUCACAUUCCGAUGAGAGUGUCAGGAGAGGACUGGGUACUCGCAAACACAAACGUAUCCGGAUACUUCAGGGUGAACUACGAUCCUGAUAACUGGGACCGUCUCCUUUCCCUGCUCAACACCAACCACCAGGCUGUAUCAAUCAUCAACAGGGCACAGAUUAUCGAUGAUGCAUUCAAUUUAGCAAGAGCCAAAAUAAUCAGCACGACACUGGCUCUGAGAACUACCAAAUACCUGUCCAAAGAGCGAGACUACAUCCCCUGGGAGUCAGCUUUGAGAAACCUCAACUACUAUAUUCUCAUGUUUGACCGCAAUGAAGUCUACGGAGUUUUGCAGGCAUACCUUAAGAAACAAAUACAACCUCUAUUUGAGCAUUUCAAGACAAUUACAUCUAACUGGACCAGAGUACCUACAGGACACACUGACCAGUAUAAUCAGAUAAAUGCUAUUGGGAUAGCAUGCAGUGCGGGAGUGGAAGGCUGCAGGGAGCUUAUAAAAAGCUGGUACAGAGAGUGGAUGAAAAAUCCAAAUCGCAACCCGAUCCAUCCCAACUUGAAAAGCACAGUUUAUUGCUACUCCAUAGCAUUUGGUGGUGUGGCGGAGUGGGACUUUGCGUGGAGCAUGUUCAAGAAUGCUACUCUGGCAUCUGAAGCUUCCAGGCUCAGGUCCGCACUGGCCUGCAGCAAAAUACCUUGGCUUUUAAACAGGUAUCUGGAGUACACACUAGACCCAACUAAGAUCCGUAAGCAAGACGCCACCUCUACCAUCCAGAAUAUUGCCCGAAAUGUUGUGGGGAUGCCGCUAGCAUGGAACUUCGUCAAAGCUAGAUGGAGUUACAUCUUCCAACAAUAUGGAAAAGGAUCAUUUUCCUUCUCUAAUCUUGUCAGUGGAAUCACACAGAGAUUCUCUACAGAGUAUGAGUUACAGGAGCUUAAAAGAUUCAAAGAAGAAAAUCUCAGUGUUGGCUUUGGUUCUGCCACCAUGGCCCUAGAGCAGGCCAUAGAGAAAACAACGGCUAACAUCAAGUGGGUGACAGAAAACAAAGCUGAAGUGCAGCAGUGGUUUGCUCAGGAGUCCACGUGAGAACACCAAAAGCCACCACAGUCCUUUUUUCAGUACUGACAGUGAUAUGUAAUUAAUGGAAAUCACUAUAAUCAUCGGAAACAACAAAAGCCUUUUCUCUUGACAAAUGCACAAGGACUGUUUAACUGUUGUCACACAAUAGCCCACUUAACAUCAGCUUUAGUGCAAGGGAAGGGAAGAGACCAAGACAGUGUGUUCGUUUUCUACAUAUUUUACAUUUUUUAAGUUGAUGCUUAUCAUGAUUUAUACUAUUACCUAAGGCAGUAAAUUUGAUGUAGAGCAGUAGUGGCAGAGAUUAAUGGCAGCAAUUCUACAAGUGGUUAAAAUCUGUUGACGACAGCUGUUUUCAUGCAUGUGCUUGAACUUUCCUAGACACACAGAGGUGCAUGGGAGAAAUGUCUGAUGUGGUGGGAUCAGACAUUAAACAGUCUCUAUCCUGCCAACUUCCUAGUACAAAGUGCAUAUGAUGGGCGGUUGAAGCCAUGCUAGAAUUAUACUUAUAAUAGUUCACUGAAUUACAGCAAGUGCUGACCACUAAACACAAUAAAGUAUUUCCAGAAGUAAGAGCACAUCUAAAGUUGUGUACUUCCUGUCACCUGUGAGAAAGGACAGCUUUAGAAAAAUGACCUCAUUCACAAAAUUUUAAUUUUAUAUUGCUCAACAUCAUUUGAUCAUUUGCUUCCAUCAUGUGACAUCAUGUGUCACACCAACACUGUCCUCCUCAUUCACUGCAUCCAUAAACCUCCUCUAUGCUUUUCUUCUUCUCCUGCUGCUUAGCAGCUCUAUAUUCGACAUCCUUUGUCCAAUAUAUCCAUUAUCCCUCCUCUGUACAUGCCCAAACCAUCUCAGCCUUCCUUCUCUAACUUUACAACACCAACCAAAAAUAAAUGGUCAUAGAAAGAAUAGUACCUGUGGACACCUUUUAGGUGAAGGGUUUCAGGCAUGGCUCCCUGGGAGGAGACUUGCGAACACCUUGGUGGCCCUCCUGAAGAGCUGGAGGAGGGGCCUGGGGGUUUAUGCUUCAGCAGCUACACUGUAACCGCAGACCCAUCUGAAAUUCUAUAGCCUAACCUAUGUCAUAACUGGAUGUGCAUCUUCCCAGAAAUGUAACUACACAUCAGGCUGAUGCAGCUCACAGCUAUUGAGAUUGUCCAGUUCAGCACGAUUCCUCCCAUGCAUUUCUGGCUACUUUUCCACUACAGUUUUUGAAUUUAUCAGCGAAAGAAUAACGUGUCAAUACAAGAAAUAAUGAUCAUAGCACCAAUGUAAGGGCUCACAAACUUCAGCAAAUUGUUGCAGGGAGAUUGCUAAAACUAUCGGAAUGGACGUGAAGGUAGGUCCAAAGAAGUGGUUACGUUUGCCUCAGAAACAAAGAGUGAGGGGAAAAAGUCCCAGUAUUUUAUUAAUAUCUAUAGGCUGGCAGAUAGGACCACAAAAGUAAAUGUCAGCACCUACAAACUGUUUCAGGGAUAAUCAUUUUAUUAAUCAAGUUUAAUUUUUUUAAACCAUCAUCAUUCUCAAGAAGACAUUUUGGACAGGUGUGGGUUUUCUAAUUUCCUCCUCAGAUACUGUUGUUUUAUUUUCCUUAGUUGCCAAAUUCAUCAGCUUCUUUGCUUUCCUUACAACACCUUCAUGCCUCCUCCAUGAUUCCCAUUGAGAUAAACAAUUUUCUUCCUUACAAAGAGAGGUGACAACAUGCAGAUAACAAACACAAACCCAUCAGUUUAAAAUCAUUCUGAUUCUUCAGAUGUUUCCCCACACUCGUGUUUAUCAAUAAGAAUCACUUAUCCUGAUUCAUAACCCAGUCAGACCUGUCUAACAAUCAGGCAAAGAUCUCUUACCUGGAUCUGAUUCAUGAAGAUGUGUGAUGAGGGCGCCCUCAGUUACUGUGCUCCUGUUCUUUGGAACAAGCCGGCUGCUGACCUGAGAUCAGUUAUAUCUGCGCAGACAUUCAAAAACAAACUCCAAAUCUCUUUGUUCACACAGGCUUACACUCAGUAACUAAGCAUGUUUUUAUCUUCUGUGUUAAGCACACUGAGCUUACAUAUAUACAUAUUUUCCAAAGUUCAUGUGUGAAAACAGCUUGCCUUUAAUCCAAACUUCAUGUCACAUUUCAAACUGAUUCGUAUGAAUAAAGUUGGAUUUGUACCUAU